GUCGGUGCAACGCCUCGCUCGCUCGCUAUGCUGUUUGUUGCUCUGGCCGUUCUUGUCCUAUCUGUUGCCGCUAUCACGCUCUUGAUCUCGUCGACGUCUAAAAACAAGUGGAAUCCUCGAGGCCGACACUGCUACGUGACGGGUGGAUCAGCAGGACUCGGCCUUGCUCUUGCCAUAUUGCUCACGAAGAAGGGCGCAGAUGUAUCCAUCGUAGCACGCAAUGAAGAACAACUAGAGAAAGCACUAGAGAAGCUUGAGGAAGCUCGGAUAACCCCUAACCAAGUCCUCAAAUCAUACUCUUUCUCCCUCGAUGAUCCAGGUGCCGCCGAACGAGCCAUGGAAGCCGCCUGCGUCCCCCACGGUGGUCAAUGUCCAGACGCGGUUUUCCUGUGCGCCGGUAAAGCAACUCCAGGAUUUUUUGUGGAACAGGAUGCGGAGACGAUGAAGAGAGGGAUGGACAGUACCUACUGGGUCUCGGCUUGGUCUGCUAUGAUAGCUUCACAGCGUAUGGCGAAGACUCGGACGAAAGGCAAGAUUGUGUUCGUGUCGUCUGUGCUGGGAUAUAUGUCCAUGUUCGGUUACUCGACGUACACUCCGGGCAAGCAUGCCAUAAGAGGCCUCGCGGAUACCUUGCGCCAAGAAAUGUUGCUCUAUGCAGUAGACGUCCACAUAUACUUCCCCGCGACCAUCCACAGCCCCGGAUAUGUCGAAGAGAACCGGACGAAACCACCACUUUUACUCGAACUUGAAGCUGCAGAUGAAGGGCUCUCACCAGAGAAGGCAGCUGAAGGGUUGUAUGGUGGUCUACAAAGAGGCGACUUCCAUAUUACUGACUCCCUCGUCACCCAUCUCUUCCGGACCAACACGCGAGGAUGCACUCCAUACAACUCGAACAUGCUGAAGGAGUUUAUCUUUGGACUGAUAGGCUGGAUCGGCCUUCCACUUUGGAGAAGAGGUGUCGACAAGGCGGUGAUAGCUCACAGGGAGAAGCACCAAGAGGAGAUGGAAUCCAAGGGAUUCUUCGUAUCUGCAGUCCCGAGGCCAGGCAGCUCGCCCAAGGACGACUGAACCAUGUCCAGGGAUACCAUAGAUGGG